AGAGUUACCAGCAGGGGGAGCCCGGCCUAUCCCAAGCAAGGCUGCCUGCUCUGUGUGAUGUGUGUAGGAAAUUCCCAGUGGCUGCUCAUGCUGGAGCUGCUCACACAGGAUCCUGUGCCGGACUUGUCUCCUGCCCCCAGUCGUAACACUGAGCUGCGCUACUUCUGGCUGUCGGUUUGUGAGGCAGAAAGAAUCGCUGGCGUCGCACUGUGGGAGAGCGGGAUUCCCGGACGGCAGACCAUGAAGCCAUUCAUGCUUUCAAUGGACAGUUGACUUGCCUAAUCCAAGACCAGAUCUUCAGAUUGCAGCUUGCCCCCUGUUGUGUUUGCUUUCUGAAAGCAUAACACAGAGAUGUCAAUAGGACUAAAGCAGGUUUUUAACAAGGACAAGACUUUUAGGCCUAAACGAAAGUUUGAUCCUGGUACCCAAAGAUUUGAACUCCAUAAGCGGGCACAAGCUUCUUUGACCUCAGGUGUCGACCUAAAAGCUACAGUACAGCUGCCCACUGGAGAAGACCUUAAUGACUGGGUAGCUGUACACGUGGUAGACUUUUUCAACAGGAUUAACCUCAUUUAUGGAACUGUUUGUGACUUUUGUACAGAAAGGACCUGUCCUAUUAUGUCUGGAGGCCCAAAAUAUGAGUACCGGUGGCAAGAUGAUAACAGAUACAAGAAGCCCACUGCCUUACCAGCACCACAGUAUAUGAAUCUGCUCAUGGACUGGAUUGAGGUACAAAUCAACAAUGAAGAUAUAUUUCCUACUAGUGUGGGAGUGCCUUUCCCUAAGAACUUUCUUCAGAUCUGCAAGAAGAUCCUGUGCAGGCUGUUCCGGGUCUUUGUGCAUGUCUACAUUCAUCACUUUGACCGCAUCAUCAUGAUGGGAGCAGAAGCCCAUGUCAAUACCUGCUACAAGCACUUUUACUACUUUGUAACAGAACUGAACCUUGUUGACCGCAAGGAGCUGGAGCCUCUGAAAGAGAUGACUGCACAUAUGUGUCAGUAAAGAUGGACCACAUGGAAUAUGGAACGCAGCUCUAGAUUCCAACAUUAUGUGCUUAGUUCCACCGUGUCAGUGGGAAAGUGCCCAGGAUUCCAAAGGAGCAUCAGGAUUCAGUAAAGGCUGUUGCACAGAGGCCCUGCAGUCUGCACACGCUCUGCCUUCUGCUGCUGGCGCAUUCCCGUGGAACGUUUGCUUGAGAGCCGCCUAAUUAAUAGACUGUUCAUGGACAUUUUAUUAACCAUGUUAACCAGAGGAAAUAACAUGCCUGACGCAUCACUGGAUUUCACAUGAAAUGGUGAAACACUUGUAAUAAUAUUUUUCUAAUGAAUUUUUAGGAUUGUUACAAUUUUUUGCUAACCCUGGUAAUAUAGACAGAUCCUAAUUUUUUUCAGGAUUUUAUUUUUUCAGUUUCUAGGUUUCAGCAUAAAAGCGGUAACGAUUACACCUCCUUAAUAACAAAUUCAGCACACAAAACUGCCGGCCUGAUGGAUGUAAAUAUAAAGAUGGUCAAGUAUAUGUGUCAUAGGGCUGCUGUAUAUACCUGUGGGUACUGCAACCGUACGUGUAUGCAGGUUCAGGUUCAGACUGAAAAUGAUUCAUGUUACCACACAUACUGUAUCUGUACAUGUAUUAUCCUCUUCAUACAUGACAUAGAAAUUGUUACAAUUAGAGUUAUACUAAAAUAUUGCAAAUAUUACUUAUCCAGAAACAGGCUAAACCAAAUUUUAUAGGAUAAUAAAAUAAUGGAAAUGGCUAAAAUGCUGUUUUUAUAUGCUGAACUUUCUGUCCCAGUCUGUAAGUCCCACAGCCCUACAAUAGUAAUAAUCCAGGCCUUGUACGGCCUACUUAGCAGGUAGGUGUACCCCCACUCGCCCCCUAACUUACAAGUUGUUUGGAUGCACAAGUUAGGGAAUGUCAGGAUGCUUUUUGAUUAGGGGCUGAGAGCAGCAUACCUGGGGGUGCAAGUGAUUCCUCUGAGCACUAAGGGGUACAAAAGCUCUAGAACUUGUGCCCCUGGGUUAAGUAAAUGAGCCCUCUAAUGUGUAGCAUUUCUAGUCUCUGUUGUUUAAACAAACAAGAAUGAUAUAUUAGCAUUAAUAAAAAAAAGCAAUAUAAUAAUUUAGGUAUGAAAUGAUUGGUAAGAUUAUUUAACCCUGGUAAGCGUGCUAAAUCUACUGGUAAAAAUCAAUUUAAUCCUAUUGAUGAUCUAAUAUUAAGAACUAUCACACUCUCCUGGGGUUGGCUAUAUAAGAUAAGAUUGGUGCAGCCAUUCUUGUGUUGUGGCAUUGGAAUAAAGUAAAUGGUUUCAAUGUACUAAUUCUUCAAUAAAAUUACUUUAAAAAAGAAAAGGGGGUGUUUUUAAAUUAUACUAAAACUUGACUUUCAAUGUAGUAACAUAACAGCAGAGCAAGUGUUGAUCCCCACUCCAUGAAACUAAAUAGAGAGCUCAGUACCGCCUUCUGUCUGUUUGUUCUUCUCAUCCCCAAAGCAGUAAAGUUAUUUUUAUUUAUUUACCUUGAACAAGAUUGUAAAUAAUUCUGAUUUUGGUACCAAUUUUAAUGACAAGCAAAUUUGGGCUUGUGAUUUUUAUAGAGCACCAUGUCUCUAACGAGUGGCUACAUUGUGUUUAAUCUAUAGAAUGUAACUUUAGGGAGAUGCCGUGUUAUUAGCAAAAACUAACACUGCUCACAAGGGGGAUAAAAGGCUGAUGAAAAGUAUUACUGCGCAGUGUGAUAUCAAUAAAAUCCAACUGAGAACAUCA